CGCCCCGCCCAGCUCUGUCCCCGCAGCCUCGCGGCUGCCGGGCUUUGUGGUUCGCCCGUGCGGCUGGGCCCCAGCUGGGGGUGUCGUUACGAGCAUGUGCAGACAGCAGCCCAAGGUAGAGCGAGCGUGCCGGGCGAGCCCUGAGACUUGCCUUGCAAUGCCAUGUUUGUGUGUAUGCUCUAACUCCGGGAGAGCAAUCAGGGAGACGGCUCCCCGGCCGGACUUGGCUGAUGUUUUCUUGUUUCUGUUUCAGCCUUCAGGAUAAUUCCUUCAGCAGCACCGCUGUAACAGAGUGUGACGAAGACACAGCCUCCCUACAUGAAGACCAGACUGAUUGCUCCUAUAUCAGAGAUGAAGACAAUAAAGAAAACUACCCCGACGCCAGGGCGCUCCUAGAGGAGCCCGCGCCACCGUCGCCGCCACAGCAUGUAGAGCAGCCCGUGCAGGUGGACGGCGUGCUGCGACCCAGCAUGGGCAACUUCAAGUCCCGGAAGCCCAAGACGCUGCUCAAGGCGGAGAGCGGGAGGAGCCACGGAGAAAGUCAGGAGACAGAGCACGUGGUACCCAGCCAGCCAGAGUGUCAGGGGAGAACAGGAACGCCAGCUCACGAGAGUCCGCAAAACCACUCCUUCAGGUGCCAAGAAACAGUACGAGUUCAACAAAGAAUCGACCAGAGGGCUGCCAUUUGGUCAAAGGAUGCUUUUGAGACUCAUCAAGACUUAAAUGAAGAAGAAGCUGCUCAGGUGCACGGACUCAAGGACCCAACCCCAGUGUCGACCCAGAGUGCGCCUGUGGAAGGCGCAGAUGCUGCAGAUCCUGCACCAGUCCACAAAGAUGGGCAGAAUGAAGCAGACAGUACACCAGAAGACCUCCAGUCUGUUGGGACUAGCAGGCUGCUCUGUCACAUCACUGAUGGUGACAACCCACUGUUGUCACCACGAUGCUCUAUCUUCAGCCAAAGCCAGAGAUUCAACUUAGACCCUGAAUCAGCACCUUCUCCACCCAGCACUCAGCAGUUUAUGAUGCCCCGGAGUUCUUCAAGGAGCAGCUGUGGUGAUGGCAAGGAGCCACAGACCAUUACCCAGCUCACCAAGCACAUCCAGAGCCUCAAGCGAAAAAUUCGGAAAUUCGAAGAAAAAUUUGAACAAGAAAAGAAAUACCGGCCUUCACAUGGUGACAAGACUUCUAAUCCUGAAGUCCUGAAAUGGAUGAAUGAUCUAGCUAAAGGUCGAAAACAACUCAAAGAACUAAAGCUGAAGCUCUCAGAAGAACAAGGGGUUGCUCCCAAAGGCCCACCUAGAAACCUGUCCUGUGAGCAACCUGCAGUCCCCAGAGAGAAUGGGAAGCCAGAAGCUGUGGGUCCUGAGCCAUGCUCCUCUGGAGAGGAGACUCCAGAUGCUGUGCUGACAUGCCUGAAGGAGAAGAGAGAGCAGCUCCCUGCUCAGGAGGAUUCUAAGGUAGCUAAGCAAGACAAGAACCUCAUAAAACCUCUUUAUGACCGAUACAGGAUUAUCAAGCAAAUCUUGUCAACACCUUCCCUUAUUCCAACAAUUCAGGAGGAAGAAGACUCUGAUGAAGACUGUCCACAGGGAAGCCAACAACCUUCUUUGCCAGCUCCAGUGUCUCACCUUCCUGUUGGUGACCACCUCACCUUCUCUGAGACUGAGCCUGUUACGAUCCUGCUUCCAGAUGAAAAAAAAGAAAUCAAACCACCAGCCCUAUCCAUGUCCAAUUUACAUGAGGCCACUAUGCCUGUACUUCUUGACCAUCUCCGAGAAACUAGGGCUGACAAGAAGAGACUUCGGAAAGCCUUAAGAGACUUUGAAGAACAGUUUUUUAAACAAACGGGAAGAAGUCCACAAAAGGAAGAUAGGAUACCAAUGGCAGAUGAGUACUAUGAAUACAAGCACAUAAAAGCCAAACUGAGACUAUUGGAAGUCCUCAUCAGCAAGCAAGAUAUGGCCAAAACAAUCUGAGGUUCAGGAAAUGUUUGUGCUCACUUUCAACCAAGAUAAGGUCAAGUUUAUUUUUCUCUGCCAUUCUUGCUAAGUAGUUUUGAUAUACUGAAAAUUGAAGCACUUUAGUGGUAGUAUUAGUUAUUUUUAGGAAGAGAUGGUAAGUGUAACUAUCAAUGAGGAAGGAGGAUUUAAAUGGGGGGAAAUAUAGCAACUAACAGUAUAAUCGGAAAAAAAUUUCAGUCUCCUCCAUGCUGAGCAGAAAAUGCACAGUCAGUAUAAUUAUUUCAAAAAGCAUCUUAAUUUUUUUUUAAUCAAAUCUAAGUAAUACUUGUCCAAUGGGCCACUUAUUAGGGAAAGUCUAUUUAGUGUCCAGUGUUUGGAAAAGAGCAUGAUUUUUAAAAAAUCAGUAAGAGGAGAAGAAACUCUUCUUUUUUAUGUAGGAAGGAAUACAGCUAGUAAGAAUGUAAUUUAUUCAAAACUUCUAAUAGAUUUUUAAAUGAUAAAAAAAUCUACCUUGCCCUUAAGUCCACUAGGCUAUUCAGUAAAGCAUACUAGAAUGUGUCACUGCUAAUUUUUUAUUUCUAUAUAAAAAUAGCACAUUAUUUUAUCUGUUAUUUGAAACUUUACAUUUCUGGUUACCAAAGUUCAUUCUGAUAGCAUGUACUUUGUGAAUUAUCU